AUGUCUAAUCAGAGCUACAAACAGCAAAAAGAGGACUUUGUGUCCAACCUCUCUGGCGGCACAGUAUCCGAAAUAGCCGCGGUCACGGCCGUCGCACCAGUUGCUAUCCUCCUCUGGUCUGCUCUCCAAGCUCGACAGUCCUUCUUCAGACCGUGCACGCCGCUCUCCUACACCGUCGACUUCCUCCUCAAUGUAGGGGCGUUUCUCCUCGCGACCACCUUAUACGCCGGUACGCCUGUCUUGCUGCUCCUGUUUCUCCUGGCGCCCGUGGCAGCAGUGUACAUGUUGCCUGCGCAGACUGCUCCCCGCAAGAAGCCUGCCGUCCCGAGGGAGGCGGCCGCGCAGCUUGAUGUUCUGCCAGUGAAGCCGUUCCUCACGUCGUACCGCGGCGCCAUGAUGGUUAUGACGUGUGUGGGCAUAUUGGCCGUUGAUUUCCGCCUGUUCCCCAGACGCUUCGCCAAGGUGGAAACCUGGGGAACAAGCCUGAUGGACAUGGGCGUCGGGUCAUUCGUCUUCACGGCCGGCGUCGUCGCCGCCAGGCCAGUCUUGAAGGAGCGAGCCUCUGGGAGGAGCAUGUCGCUGGUGAAGCGCCUCGUGUACUCUGCGCGGCACUCCCUCCCGCUCCUGGUCCUGGGUGUCAUUCGGCUCCUCAGCGUGAAGGGGCUUGAUUACGCCGAGCACGUCACCGAGUAUGGCGUCCACUGGAACUUUUUCUUCACGCUUGGCUUCCUCCCACCCUUUGUAGCCACCUUCCAAGCCGUCCUGCGGUAUGUCCCGUCGUAUGCGGCGCUGGCCCUCCUCGUGGGCGGCACGUACCAGGUGCUUCUAGAAAACACCGCUCUCAAGGCGUACAUUCUGACUGCGCCGCGGACUGACCUCCUGUCCAUGAAUCGCGAGGGAAUAUUCAGCUUCUUUGGGUAUCUGGCCAUUUUCCUCGCCGGCCAGGACCUGGGCAUGUUCAUCAUCCCCCGUGCCAUCAACCCGCGCAGCAACGCUAGCCCCGGAACCCAACGCAACACUCUCCUCAUGACCAUGGCCGUCUGGGCCGCCAUCUGGUCCGCCUUGUAUUACCUAUGUACCAGCUACUCCUUCGGCUUGGGCCUCACCGUGUCCCGUCGAAUCGCUAACCUCCCCUAUGUGUUAUGGGUAGCCGCCUUCAACACCAUACAAAUUUUCGCGUGCUGCCUCGUCGACACGAUCUUCUUCCCUGCCUCGUAUAAUGCUACUGAUGGCAGGGCGGAGAGGGAGGCGAAUGAUUUUGCGACGAGCAGGGUAUUGAGGGCGUUUAAUCGGAAUGGUCUGGCCGUGUUUUUGGUGGCGAAUCUGUUGACGGGGCUGGUGAAUAUGACGGUGAAGACGUUGGAUGUUGGUCCUGUUGUUACUAUGGGCGUGCUGUUGGGGUAUAUGGCUGUUGUGACGGCGUUUGCUGUCGUCUUGGAUCUGUAUAAUGUUUCUAUAAAGCUGUGA